AUGUUUCUAAUUUUAUUUCUUCUGAACCCAUUGCCGUUCUUUUAUCAAAAAUCUCGCAAAUGGUUACUGAAAAAGUUACUUCGCAUAUGUUGUGCUCCGUUUUAUCAUGUCAAUUUCGCUGAUUUUUGGCUUGCGGAUCAAUUAUGUUCCUUGGAAUUGGUCUUUUUCAAUAUCGAAUUCUUCUUCUGCUUUUACACCAAUGAAAGCAACAUCAUUUCAUCGAGCUCAUCACAUAAGUUCUUUUGCAGUGGCUGGUCGCAAGUUGUCCUACAAUCGAUAUUUCUACUUCUUCCAUCCUGGUUUCGUUUUUGGCAAUGCGUCCGUCGUUAUCGCGAUACAAAGCAAAGAUUUCCUCAUUUGGUCAACGCUGGAAAAUAUGCGAGUACUUUAUUGGUCGCGGUGACAAAUGCACUGCGACGGGCGAAGAAUUUCGAUUAUCAUCAACAUAAAUUGGAAAAUCCAUUUUUGUAUUUGUGGAUCUUAAUGUCGCUUUUCAGUUCAACUUAUAAAAUGAUUUGGGAUUUGAAAAUGGACUGGGGAUUUUUCGAUAAAAAUGCCGGAGAAAAUCGAUUUUUAAGAGAACAAAUUGUCUAUCCGCGAAAGAUUUAUUAUUAUAUUUCGAUUGUUCUCAACGUUAUUCUGCGAUAUGUGUGGAUUAUUAAUGUUUUUAUUCAUUUUAACUCGUUAUUCGGAGAGUUUUCGGAUAUUAUUGGCUUUUCAUUUGCUUUAAUUGAAAUCUUCCGAAGGUUUAUUUGGAAUUAUUUUCGAUUGGAAAACGAACAUUUGACAAAUUGUGGACAGUUUCGUGCUGUGAGAGAUAUUUCCAUUCGACCAACACCAAAAUUGAUUAAAAAUUCGAGAACGACGCAACAAACGGAAGAGGAUGAACAAUUAACGACUAAUGGAAUUCCAUUGACAAUUAUUAAUGAUUCUCAGCAUUCGUCUCGUUUAACAAGAAGAAAAACGAAUGCGGAAGAGUUUAUUGAAGAAAUUAACCCGAUUUUAACAAUCAAUAAGAAUGAAAAUUAUUCUUUCGAUGAUCAAAUAGACUCCAUGGCUUAA